GGGCCGGGCGGGCGGGCGGACGGCGGAGCGGACUAAACUUCAGUCGCAUUCCAGUGCGGUGCGCCGCUGCGCCUGCUAGGUACCGUGGAUAGAUAGCAGCCGCGUGGAGCCGCUAUCGUCGGCCGGUUGUUUAGACACUGUGGCAGCUGUAACGACUGCUGUACAACAGCAGCAGCAGUGCUUACAUUUCCGCAUCACCGUGGGCAGCUGCGGCUACCACCGGCGAGGGCCACGUAUAGCUGGCAGACUACACAGAAAUACAGCGAUUAGACCGUCAGCUGAGGAACUUCAGCUCGCACCGCCAAAACAGCAAGUGGGAGACAUUCUGUGAUUGGGCUCAUGUCAUCGGUAUCAGUGGCUUGGUGGAUGGAACAAUUGCCCAGUAACUGACGGCAGCAGCAGCAACGUUCUCACCGAAAGAAGCAAGCGGCAGUAUCAGUAGCCAGCUCAUGGUGGCAGCAGCAGCAACAACAGAAGUAAUAGCAGCUGAAGCCAGCAGCAGGGAGCACUCAGCUGCAGCAAUAGCACCAAGGAAACCAAGCAGCCACAGCAGCAGCAACGCUCACAGCAAUAGAAGCAGCUGUUAAUAUCAGUAGCCUGUGGCAGCAGCAGAAGCAGCGGCUAAUUUCGGCGGCAGCAGUGAUAUCCAGCAUCACCAGCAGCCGCAGUACCACCAUGCUGCGCGUGCCCAACCUGCCGCUGCGGCAGCGAUCAGCCGGCGAUCUCCCCAGCAUCCCCGAGAACAGCGAGUCAGCGGAGCAGAGUCAGAGCCGACCGGUGCUGAGUCGGAGUCACGGAGACGUGAGUCGACUCCAGCCGCCGGCUCAGACUCACGGAGGAGCGACUCCAGAGAGCGGGGGACUGAGUCGGCCCGGCUCGGCCGAGUUCCUCUCACCAAUACUGCCGUUCGCGGAGAUUCCUCCAGAGAAGGGUCUUCGCCGCUGCAGGUCCCUGCUGAGACAAGUCGCGAGAAAGGCGCGCAAAAACAUCCUUCAUCACAGCACGCACGACUGCUCCAUACCAUCCGACUGUCGCGAACAGCUGAAACACAUCUACGUCUACUGAGCGGGACAGCGUGACGUCAGUGACUCACUGUGACGUCAUUGGAUCGGCAGUUGUCACGUCUUAUUGGUUUGAAUUGCCAGCUGUGAUCGACGGACUAGGAUAAUAAUCAAAACAAGGCAGGAAGGGGAGAUUCAGGUUGAUUGGAUUUGGAGACACCAUGACAUGUGCGCGAUCAGCUACAUUUUUCUACGACAUCCACACCUGUAAUCGUAUUUUGUUCUGUCUUGCAUUUGUUGUGCUCGUUUCUCAGGAGUUUUGUUUGUGACAACACUCUGUGGGACUCUGAUCGCGUCAUCAACCCCCACAUCCCCAAUGUCGCCCCCCUCCCCCGGGGCAGUAUCAUUGACCCCACAUUGGCAGUCUGCAGCCCUCCGGUGAGCGGUCGACCUCACCGGAGGUCGACCGCUCACCGGAGUGUAGCCUCCCCCGGCCAGCCGUCAUCGACCCCCACACCCCCAGUGUAGCCGCCCCGGGCCAGCGGUCGGCACCACAUCCCCAGUGUAGCCGCCCCCGGCCUGCUCAUCUGCCCUACACCCCCAGUGUAGCCGCCUCCCGGCCAGUGUAGAGGUCCACCCUACACCCGCAGUGUGCCACCCCCCGGGGCCAGUGUAGCGGUCGGCCCUACACGUCACCUGACAGCGUGCCGCCCCCGGACAGCGGUCGGUCGGUCCAUUCGGCGCCCGCGUGACCCUGAAAUUGGCGCGCCGGCGCCCAGUGUGGCGCACCGGGACCUUCAGCGGUGUCCUAGCGGCCCAUGAAGGUCUCCCAGUAGGCCCACAGUGCGCCCCGGGUGGUCCAUGAAGGUCUCCCAGUAGGCCCACAGUGCGCCCCGGGCGAUAACACAGUGCUGGCGGCCAUAGCUAGCUUCCGGAGCUGGCGGGAAGUCGGCAGGGUCUGGUGUGACGUCACUGUAUGACGUCACUGAGUUACACAAUGUGUGACGUCAUUGGUGGUGUUUGAGUGACGUCAUAAAGUGUGACGGCAGUGGUGGAGUUCAUGUGAAUGUACAUUAGUGGAUUCUGGAGAGUGUUGUGGACUGUGGUUGGUGCGGCGGUGAAUAUUGAUAUUCAGGGAGUCACUUACAUGUGAAUGCUGCAGGUUCAGCUAGCAAUGAACAGGGAGUGGGUCUCCCCAUGGAAAAGGCGUGUGUUUGGGGAAGGAGAAGGACGAAAAUGUGAACUGUAUGUAGGCAGUAACUGAACGAGAGAGUGCAUAGACUGUCCAAUGUUAAACCAGCCAAUUUGUCAUAACCGUGUUGUGUGGGCCGUUGCUUUGUCAAAGCAUUUUGUAGCAUGCAGAAAAUGGUGUCGUCUGAAAGUGGUUUGCAUUGUGUAAUUACGUUUAUACAUAAGGUAUUUGACAAAAUAUUGUUGGUUAUUUUUGUACCAUAUCUCGUAAGGAUUGAAAAAAUGUCCUUUCAAAUGUCUGCUCAAUUGUUUCACCUUACUCCUGUUCAUUAUUCCAUGUAAAUGCUGCUCACUACACAUGUAGCACGAAUGCUGAUAAUAGCUCCGUCCACUGUCCAGGUAUUUGAUAAUAAAACCACAAAUACA